CGCCCCUCCCCGCGCAUGCGCAGCUGGCGCUGGCGGCCGGCGGCGGGCGAUCCGCUCGCGGAGCCGCUCAUGGCCGCGGCUCUAGCGGUGCCGCCGCCCGCCCAGGCUAUGCAGCCGUCCUCGAGCCGCGGGCGGGCGGCGGCGCUGCCCUGGGGGUGGCGCGGUGGCCUGGCCUGGCAGGAGGAUGAAGAGGAGGCGGGUGAGGCGGAGGAGGAGGAGGCCGUGUCCUCCGCGGCGCGGUUCGGGCUGCUGCCAGCCGGGCUGCUCGCCCGCCUGCGGGACCGCGACUACAGGGGCCGCGCGGCGGCCGUGCAGGAGCUGAAACGGGCGGUUGGAGCCGCCAGCCCCGCCGCCGUGCGCUCGCUGCCCGCGCCGAGCCUGCGGGGGCUGCUGGGCCUGCUGCGAGGGCUCCUGCGCGACCGCAACUUCGCGGUGGUGCUGGGGGCGUUGGAGGCCGCGCAGCUGCUCGCGCUGUACCUCGGGCCCCGCGCCCACGCCGUGCUGGGGCCGCUGGUGGCCACCGCCGUCCCGGCCCUGGCUGACGGGAAGGCGGCCGUGCGGCGGGAGGGCGGCCGGCUGCUGCUGCGGGUGAUGGAGGCGGCGGGGCCGCGGCAGGUGCUGCAGCUGCUGCUGCAGCCCGAGCUCCUGCGGCGCGGCGGCUCCCGGCUCCGCGAGGAGGCGGUCAACCUCUGCACUGCCGCGCUGCUCACCUACCCCGGCCAGGAGCUCGACCUGCCCGAGCUGGCCUUCGCGCUGGCGCCCGCGCUGGCGGACGGCAAACGCCGCGUCCGGCACGCUGCUAUGGAAGCCUUCGCCGUGCUGGGCGCUUCCAUGGGCGACACCGGCCCGCUCCUCGAGGCCGUGGCUGCCGUGGAGCGGGAGGAGGACGGGCGGGGCGUCCUGCAGGGCGUCCUGCAGGCCGUGCAGGCCAGGCUGGCCAGGAACAGCUUGCCGAAGCUGGCAGAGGGAGGGCUGGUGGAGUACGCCGUGCCCCUGGCCUGUGGUCCUGGCAGGACCGCCUGUGUGCCGCCGGGAGCCGACACCGACUGGCUGUGGAUGGGCAGCAGGACUCGCAGCGCGCACGGCUCCUGCGGCUGUCACGCGAGGGACGGUGCUCUGCAAAGCGCCUGUGCCGACCGGGGAGUGAGUCCCAGAAGAGUCCUGAGCGCGUAUAAAGGGAAAAACAAACUGCCUUGGGAGAGCGAGCGUGCCGGAGACAGGGAAGGCGGUGUGGGAGUCCAGAUGCCUUUCCCAAAGGCUAUGGAGCAGCUUUCCACAUCCAACGAUUUUUUCCAUUCUCCAAAGUUAAGGCCAUCCCAAGGAGUACCAGCCAGCGAUGAGUUAUUUUUUGGUCAAAAAAGAGCUUCAAGGAAUCUAUUUCAGAAUAGCGUAGAUUUUAACUCUGAGUGUUCUUCAGUUUGUGUUGGUGCUAUGGGCUCUCAUCAGCCCCAGAUUUCAGGGAAAUGUGGAAUGCUUGGAUAUGCACAGACCCGCGGGAAGAGCGGCAGCGUGGGUUCCGAUUUACAAUUGUUGGGAUUAAAUAGCUCUCAGCAGUACAAAGUUUGUGCCAGCCUAAACUUUCCCAGCAAGAUCCAGAGGGGUUUUUUCAAUCAGGCAGAGCAUCCAAUGUCCUUCCAAGGUUCUAACCCAAGCCAGGGCGCCUUCAUCCUGCCGUCGUACCCCCUGUCCUCCCCCAGGAACAGCCCAAAGCACGGCUCCUCACCAGCAGACUCCCCAAGGAAGGCACAAGAGGACGCCCCGAGCUUCUCGAGCUCCUGGCCUCUGAAGAGCUUCGGAGGGCUGCCCAAGGCCAGCUCCCAGCCACAGCUGCUCAGCCCGCAGCUGGGAGACAAUGCAGGGGCUGUUCUGCAGGACAAAUGCUUCCCGCUGCAGCUGAAGCCCACUGUGGUGAGACGCCCAUCCUCGCGCCGUGGCCUGAAUGGGACCAGACCAGUCCCUCCCAUUCCCCGCCUGGCCAGCCCGCUGCCCGACAGGAUCGAGUUAAACCUGACCAAGGGGAGGAGUGAGGAGUGCGAGGAGAACUGGCUGUGGGAAGCGGGGAGGAAGCUUGCAGCUGAUUUCUCGGAGCUAAAGGUGGAUGACGAGGAAGUGGACCAAGAAGAGAUGCAGAACUCGCUGAGAUCUCUCCGAAGCAGUGCAGCCAAGAAGAGGGCGAAGCUAAGCAGCGUCAUCUUGGAUCUUGAAAGUCCCGAUUCAGCUCUCAAACUUGAUCUGUCAGUGGAGUCCCCCUCACACGCUUCCUCCCCGAGCGUGGGCUCCUGCAGCGAAAGUGGUGUGUACAGCCAGGAAUCGCUGACUUCCCCCGAGUCCACAGUGCCCCAGCGGAGGAGGAUAACGCCAGAUACCUUUCCACUACUUGGCAGCAAACUGCAGCCUGCAGGAGUAUCGUCAGGGAAAAGCAGAGACCCCACAGUGGCAGAAGACAGUGCCAACGCAGCGUUUGAUGAUGAGGGAACUUCUGACAUUAGCGUAAUUGGCCAGCGCCUGAACUGUGGCAACAGGUGUGGAGAUGAUGAGAACGAGAAGCAAGAAGUGUCACCUACUGUUUUAAAAAGUCAAAACAUGGAACAUGAAAGAAGUUUUAAUCAUUCAAAAGGUGUUUUUGGAAGUGCCCCCUCUGUACGAGCGUGCCACCAGUCUGAUACUUGUGUAGCGAAUGGAGAUGUCCAAGCAUUCAAAGAGGAGACUGAGCUGUCACCAGGCAUCUGUGGGAGAAGCAUCCAGCAGAACAGCACUUCUCAUCUCCAUGCUGAAAGUGAAAGAGAGAUAAAGGUUGCCAUGUCAAAAUCUGCCCUGGAGAAGGUGAGGCGGAAGAGAGGAGAGGAAAAAGAACCCAAUCAUAAUGAUAAUCCAGAAGUUAAAGAGCAUAAAGAAAAGGAAGAAAACCCUUGGGAAAGACUUCAGCUGAAUGAGCCAGAGAAAACGGCAACAGAAAAGUUAGAUUUCUGUGGGGAUGUAUUAAUGUCAUCCAGAAAUGUGUCUCUGUCAUUGGAAAACAUGGCCUUGAACCCUGCAUUGAGAAGAACGUCCAGUUGGAAGAAGACAAAAUGUUCAGUCCUGCUGGAUUGUGAUGGCAUUUCUCUUGGGGCACGAGGACACUAUAAGGAGCGGACCCCCUUGGUGUCACACAGCCCCGAAAUCUUGGACCCGUCAGAGCUGCAGCCCUUUUCAAAGCCAGAGGUGGUGCUGGCAGAGGCCUUGGCCUUUCUAGCUGAUGAUGACUGGGAGAAGAAAAUUGAAGGCCUGAACUUUGUCAGAUGUUUGUCUGCCUACCACGCCACUGUUCUGACGGGCAAGCUGCACGAAACCAGUCUGGCUGUGGCUCAAGAGGUCAAGAAUUUACGCUCAGGUGUUUCUCGAGCUGCUGUGGUCUGUUUAGGGGAUUUGUUCACGCACCUGAAAAAGAGUAUGGAUCAAGAACUAGAUAAUGCAGUGAAAGUCCUUUUGCACAAAGCUGGUGAAUCCAACACUUUUAUAAGGGAAGAGGUAGACAAAGCACUGAAGGCUAUGGUUAAUAAUGUGACUCCAGCACGUGCACUUUGUUCUCUUAUAAAUGGAGGGCAAAGCCACCUGCACUCGGCGGUGAGGAGGUGCACGGCCCAGCACCUCUCAGACAUUGUUGAACGUAUGGGACCGGAGCGGAUUCUGUCUGGACCCAAAGCUGUCGCUGAUCGGAUUUUCCCUGCGAUAGCCAGGUUUGCCCAGGACAGCUCACAGCAAACGAGGUAUUACGGUCGAAAGAUGCUCUUCAGUCUGAUGGCUCACCCGGAUUUUGAUAAAACGCUUGAGAAGUACAUGCCGACCAGGGAUUUGCCUUACAUGAAGGAAUGCGUUAGCAAUCUGCGCGAAAAGGGUCUGGGAGAGAUGCUGUUGGAUACACCCUCUGCAAAAGGAAGGCGUUCCCACACCGGUAGCGUUGGACAUUCAAGGUCUUCAUCUACUUCCAGAGAUCCCCUCAAUAUCACUGACAGAGAGACCACAGAAGGCCGUGAAGUCACGAAAAGAACAGCUCCUCGCAAUCCCCUGGAGAGUGAAGAAUACGUCAAAGACAUGAUAGGUUUACUGAACGCGAAAGACUUCCGUGAUCGAAUAGCCGGCAUUAAGCAGCUGCUAUCAGACACUGAGAACAAUCAGGGCAUUGUGGUUGCAAACCUUGUGAAGAUCUUUGAUGCUUUCAAGCCUCGCUUACAUGACUCGAACAGUAAAGUCAAUCAGGUUGCUCUGGAGACGAUGCACAAGAUGAUUCCCUUGCUGAAAGACAAUUUAUCGCCUGUGAUCAACAUGCUAAUUCCUGCCAUAGUAGACAACAACCUGAACUCCAAAAACCCAGGGAUUUAUGCAGCUGCCACAAAUGUUAUUCAGGCUCUAUGUCAACAUUUAGACAACUAUUUGCUUCUCCAGCCGUUUUGCACAAAAGCCCUGUUUCUGAACGGAAAAGCAAAACAAGACAUGACAGAAAAGCUUGCUGAUCUCGUUACGGAGCUGUACCCACGGAAGCCUACUGCUGUGGAGCAGAAAGUUCUCACUGUCCUUUGGCACCUCCUGGGAAACAUGACUAACAGCGGCUCCUUACCUGGUGCCGGAGGGAACAUCCGGGCGGCCACCACCAAGUUGUCCAAAGCUCUUUUUGCACAGAUGGGUCAAAGUCUGUUAACGCAUGCGGCUGCUCAGCCACCGCACAUCAAGAAGAGUUUGGAAGAGUUUCUGGAGUUGGCGGCCUAAAAUAACUGUCCCUGCCUGUGGGCGGGACACUCGGUCAGCCGGCUGCCUCGGACGGACAGACAGACGGCUGCUUAUGUGGAGGCACACAGAGAGCGUUGGCUGCCUGGGACAAACUGACAGCUGUUCACCUGGGACCAUGGCCGCGUUGCUGGCUUACAGCGGCUGUGUAUCCUGUGUGGAAGAGCGGCUGUGGGAGAGCCUGGAGUGCCCUGCGGCUGCUCCCUCCCAGUGCCACAGAGGGGAAGGCGCUCCGGCUCUCCAGCCCAUUUCUUCCAGCCCAGCAGCCUGUUGGGAGCAGUGGCGUCCACCUGCGAACAAAUAAACACGACUGUCGCACGGUUGCGCUCGGUUGCGGUUUAACACUAAGCUUUGUGUUUGAUAAGAGGAGGAAACCCCUGGAGGUGAAAUAUAUGUAUUUUUGUAGCCCACACGGCUGUGCGGUGUUGU